GUGGGGACACGCGAAGCGUCUAGAUUUUUUCGACUCGGUGUGCCACAACAUCCUCGCGCCGGCCCCGUGCGCGGGCUCGUGCGUUCCGCUCUUCCACGUCCGCUCGGGCAUCGUCAAGGGGUGCGGGUGGAAUGGCGCCCUCUACGCGGCGGGCGCCUCCUGCUUCCCCCUCGACCUGGAGCAGAAGCUCGAAGUCGGGGGCUGCGGGCUGCGCCGUGCCUGUGCUGAUGACCUCGGGCGAGCGCUUGCUGCGGUCAUCCAUCUCGCCCGCCUGGAGGGGGUGCUGAUUCUCAUGGAAGACCUCGCGGGCCUCGCGCUGAAGCCCGCCAAGUGCCACAUCAUCCCACUCGCGGGCCCUGUCGAUGACGAGCUUGUGAACAAGCUGCGCAGCGCCCUGGCCGCGAUCGCCCCCCGCUUCCAAGAGUUCAACAUCUGCGACCGCUUGACCUACCUCGGUCUUCUUCAUGGGUUCCCCAGUGGCGCGUUCAGCGUCAAGGACUGGCCGCGGCUGCGAGACUGGGGCGCGCGCGCUCCAUGGUCCGUGCAGCUCGCGCUAAUUGCCGCGAUCGUCCGAGCUGCUACUUCCACCUUCCACAAGUUCCCCGAGAUUCGCGAGCGCCUCCAGGAGCUCGACCAGUGCGGAAAUGACCAGACCCUGUUGGGCGCGGCUCGGGCCGCCCAGCAUCCCUCGCCGCCCCGGUGGAAAGCGCCGCCCUUCGUCGAGACGUUCCACCAAAUCGUGUCCGCGGAGACGGACCACCGCUACUAUUCGUCCACGUUGCUGGCCCCUGCCCUCGAAGCCGCGUGGGCGUCGCUCGCAGCAGACAAGCCUGCCCGUGUUCAGCGGCUGGCGUAUGCUGCUGCGAGGCGGAUCAAGAUCGAGCUGCCCGACCUCGAAGACAUCUUCGUGAACGACCCUGAGGUGCUCGACAAGGUGGAGAUCGCCAUGAAGAAGCUGCUGCC